AUGGCUCCUCACGCAGAAGCGACAUCAGAGUCGACGCAACAGUCGGAAACACAAUCUACCAACCCCCCUUGCUCCAUGCUCCAUGUUCAGGAUGCGGAUAUUGUUGAUGCUUCUGGCUCCAAGAUUAUCCUGAAAGGCGCGGGUCUCGGUGGCCACCUUAAUUUCGAAAACUUCAUCACCGGAUAUCCUGGUCAUGAACACGAACAUAGGGCCGCCAUGGCUGAGGUCCUGGGUAAAGAGAAGGCUCAAUUCUAUUUUGAUCGCCUCAUCCACUACUUCUUUACAGACGCUGAUGCAAUCUACUUUCAAAGUCUUGGUUUGAACUGUAUUCGCGUUCCCUUCAAUUACCGUCACUUCAUCGACGACGACAACCCGAGUGUGAUCAAGGACGCUGGGUUCAAGUUGUUGGACAAUAUCGUCGACAUUUGCGGUCGUCACAACCUCUACGUCAUUCUCGAUCUUCACGCUGUCCCCGGAGGUCAAAACCAGGACUGGCAUUGCGACUCUGGUAUUGGCAAAGCACUCUUCUGGGACUUUAGAGUCUUUCAAGAUCAGAUGAUAGAUCUCUGGGUAGCCAUUGCGAAACACUACGUUGGCAAUCCAGUCAUCGCCGGCUAUAAUCCUCUCAAUGAGCCCGCCGACCCUAAGCACACCCGGUUAGUCGCUUGGUACGAUAGAAUGGAAAAGGCAAUCAGAGAAGUCGACCCCGAUCACAUCCUCUGGGUCGACGGCAAUACCUACGCCAUGGAUUUCAGCCAUUUCGACCGCAUCAUGCCGAAUACUGUCUACGCAUGCCACGACUACGCAAAUCUCGGCUUUCCCAUCCCCGGUCAAGACCCGUACACCGGCACCGAAGAGCAAAACUCCAAACUACGCCGUCAAUUCGAGAGAAAGGCAGAGUUUUCCCGUAAACACAAUGUACCACUUUGGAACGGCGAGUUCGGCCCUGUAUACGCAGACCCGUCCGCAGAUCCCGAAGCAGACAAGACGAAUGUGUCUAGAUUUGGCGUACUCAGGGAACAAUUGAAGAUUUACGCAGAGUCGCAGAUCCAUUGGACGAUUUGGCUGUACAAAGACAUCGGCUAUCAAGGCAUGGUUCACGUCAGCAGAGAUUCAGCAUACAUGCAAUUAAUCGCUUCUUUCGUGGCCAAAAAACAACACCUCGGUCUUGAUUUCUGGGGUGUGGUGGACAAAACUGGCGUGUCCAAGACUUAUGAUCCUUUCCUUGCAGAUCUCAAGGCUAUGGUACCUGAACAUUUGCAAGACUCAAAGUACCCUUACCACUGGAACUUUGAGAGACAAUUCGAACGUAUCAUCAGGGAAUGUUUGCUUUCGGAUUACUUGAGUAAAGAGUUUGCAGAGUUGUUUGAGGGUAAGACGGAGGAGGAAUUGGAUGAAUUGGCAAAGAGCUUUAGCUUUGAGAAGUGUGUCAAGAGAGAUACUCUGACAGAGAUUCUGCAGGCUGAUGCUGCAAAGUCGAAGCAGUAA